AUGCAAGAGUGCGCGAAAGGUGGGAACUUGGUGGAAGCCUUGGAUGUUUUGAGGCUCAUGGAACCGAGUGUUCUUGAUUAUAAUGCACUUCUGCAUUGUUAUCUCAAAUCAGGCCGUGUUUGUGUUGAUGAAUUGUGGAAAGUUUUUGAAGGGAUGAAAAGAUUUGGACCGUAUCCAAAUGUUUGGACAUUCAACGCACUCUUUAAUGGACUGUGUGCACUAGGGCGUUUAAAAGAUGCUCGCUUUAUAGUUGAGGAAAUGUGCAGUUAUGGGUUUGUUCCUUCUUUUGCAUCACUGAAGAGAUUGAUAAGGAAAUCUCUCAGUUCAGGUACCCUUGAACUCUCCCUCGACAUACUAGGAUUGAUGCUGAAAUUUGAUUACUUGCCGACAUUACCGAUUUUAAAUUCAUUGAUCUCUAAACUCAUAAGAGCCAGCAGGGUUAGCGAGGCUUAUCAUAUUUUUUCAGAGUGUUUGGAAAAAGGUUUAGUUCCUAAUGUGUACACUUACAAUCCCAUUCUUUUUGGUUUAUGCAAGUCAGGCCAGAGCUAUACUGCUUUGUUAUUUUUCUACAGUUUGAGAAAGAAAGGAUUUUGUCAUAAUCUGUACUCUUUUACGGCAUUGGUUCUUGGAUUCAGUAUGGAAGGGCUGUGGAAAGAAGCUUAUCGGGUUUUGGAGCAUAUGCGUGAUGAUGGGUAUAUGCCUACUGUUGUUGUGUACACUAUACUUAUUAAAUUCCUCGGUAAAGAUAGGAAGAUUAAGGAGGCAAUCAGCAUUUUUGAGACCAUGGAGAAAGAAGGCUGUCAUCCAGAUUUAGUCACAUAUAAUAUACUACUCCAUGCGCUUUGUUGCCACAAUAAGUUCCAAGAAGCCCGUGAGGUGGUUCAGGUUAUGGAAGAGAAGGGGUACCUUCCUGAUCAGUUCACCCACUGUGCUCUAGCUAGUGGUUUAUUAAAAGCUGGGUAUGUAAGAAAUUCCCAAGAUUAUCUGCUCAAUAUACUUUACAGGAGAAAUGAUGUGGAUACUGUCGCUUGGAAUGUCUACAUUCAUAGCAUAUGUUGUGAUAGCAGAGCGCGAGAGGCAUUAAAUUUGGUGAAUAGCAUGUCAGAUAUGGGGUUUGUCCCAACGACUGUAACAUAUAACACCAUACUGAAAGGGCUUUGCAGGGAAGAGAACAUUGAUGAUGCACUGGAGGUUUUAGAUCAUUUUGACUGGGGUGGAAAUGGACCUGACUUGAUUUCCUUUAAUACAAUUUUGUCUGCAGCAUGCAAACAAGGAAACUCUUCGAUGAUCCGCAGGAUUCUUUAUCGAAUGGACGUUGAAGGAGUGAAGCUUAAUGUUGUCGGUAUGACUUGUUUGAUGCGCUAUUUUUGUAAAGUACAUAAAUUUGUAGAGUGCUUGAAGCUCUUUGAGCAUAUGAUAUGUGAUGGACACAGGCCUACUGCAAUGACUCUAAAUGUACUAAUCAACAGCCUUUGCAAGAAUGGGUUGCUUGCAGACGCAUACAGGAUAUUUAAUGAGUUCAAGAAUAUGGGGACAUUCCCAGAUACUGCAUCAUAUAAUAUUCUCAUGUGUGCUUCAAUUAGGAAAGCUGACUACGUCGCAGUGAAGUGUUUGUUGAUCGAUAUGUACAAUCGUGGUUUGGUGCCUGAUGCCAUCACCUAUGGAUCUCUGAGUUAUGGCCUUUGCAAGGAGGGGAAUGUUAGCGCUGCCAUGCAUUUGGAGGACUGGAUGCUAGAGAGCGGAGUUUCACCAAGCAUCUCUUACUACAACACUAUAAUGGAUGCUGCAUUUAGAAUGGGUAGAUUGUGGGAUGUCCUCCUAAUACUGGUUAAGAUGGAAUUAGAAGGAGUUGAACCGGAUGCAAUUUCUUUCAAAAUCUUAAGCCGUGCAAUGGGAAAAGGUGGAAAAAAGCGAUUUCCUAAGGCCAUGAAGUUCCUUGAAUUCCUGAUGAACAGAGGGGAGAAACCUCUUGACCUGGAGGUUUGA